AUGACCCCAGAUGGAACAAUUACAGCAUCGAGGAAGGAUAUGGAAAAAGUCACUCACGACUUCUACUGGGAUCUCUUCGACAGCCACGUCCACUUGCCUCCUCACCAUCUGAGGGAAUAUAGACAUGUCAUUCCAAAGCUUCUCCCUUCCGAAGUCCGACAUACCAUCGUGUCGGUGAAGAAUCGUACUUCACCCAGUCUCGACAGUAUCAAGUCUGAAUAUCUGAAGUACCUACCGCCAGUCUUCUUCAACACACUGGCGAGGCUCUUCACUCGUUAUUCUGAUCUCAUCGAUAAUCUUGCCCGCUUGCCUUGUCACCAUCUGAACAAAGAUGAACAUGUCAUUCGAGAGGUUCUCAUCGUCUAA